AUGGCGAUGUGGGCCUUUGUGCCAGUGGCCGCUAUUGCGUGGGUCAGAGGGAACUCCGCUACGUUGGGCGGCCCUUGUCCAAAGCCUUGCGCGGAGAGAGACAGGCCAGCGCCUCUUCGAGAGGCUGCAUCCGAGGAGCCAGCGAGCGGCAUUUGGGGUCCUCUCGCUGUCGGCGCGCUGAUCGGAGGAGUGCUGGCUGCGGGCCCCUGCCGGGCGGCUGACUUGGUGAACGGCGAAGCGAUCUUUGAUGCGCACUGUGUGUCCUGCCAUGCGGGCGGCGGCAAUAAGAUCUAUCCGCAGCAAAGCCUGGGCCGAAGUGCCCUGGAGCGGAAUGGGAAGUUCUCGGUUGAGGCCAUCCAGCAGCAAGUGACCAACGGCCAGGCGCCCAUGCCCAGCUUCGCGAAGCUGGGAGCGAGGAACGUGGAGGAUGUUGCCAGCUUCGUUUAUGCGGAGGCAGAAGUGAACUGGAAGGACAAGAAGCUGCUGGGAGGUCAAGCAAGGAAGUUCAGCCAGUUCCUGGACUCGCUUUGGCCGCUCCAGUGA